CCGGCCCGGGCCCACCAUUCCCUCCGCCAAUAUUGCCCGCUCCCCAAAACGCUCCACACUACCUCCUCCGCCUCCGACGCAACUCCCACUCCACGCCGCGCUCCUCCGCCUUGCCUCAAGACGCUCCCCGACUCCCAAACCCAUGGGCAAUUGCUCCCCGUCCCCGCGCCGGCGCCGCCCGACGGAGCCGGGCUCUCCGCCUCUCCAUGGCACCACCUCCGUGCCCGCCGCCACCACCGUGUCCACCUACGCGCUCGCCAGAUCCCCCUCCGUAUCCGCCGCCGCCAUCGACGCCGAGGACGGGAACGUCGUGCGCGUCUACGGCUCCGACGGCUGCCCCGUCGCGUGGCGCCUCCGCGUCUCGCUCCUCUACAAGGCAGCCGCGCCCGUCCACUUCACGCCCUCCGAGGCGGCCCCGCUCGGCCGCCCCGUGCUCCGCCUCUCCGCCGCCGACCCGGAGGUCUCGGGCCCCGCUGAUGAGCUGCUGCGCCAGGUGGACGCGUGGUUCGAGGAGAAGCCGCGCGUCGCACCGCCGGAGAGGCCGCGCGCGUCGUCGCCGGCGGCUGCGGCUGCGGAGGAGGUCGCCGAGCUGGUGCGGCUGCAGCACUGCAGCGCAGAGCGACACCUCGAGGGCGUGGCGGCGAAGGUGGCCGAGAUGGUGAAGAAGGGGAAGAAGUCGGGGAAGGGGAGGAGUGUCGUGGAGGGCGCCGAGGUGAGGAGGGUCGGCAAGUGGUACGGGGACGCCAUGGAGGUGAUGCUGGAGCACGCCAGGAUGGAGGAGACGCUGCUCUUCCCUGAUCUCCAGAGGGCAGCGCAUCCAGGGGUGUGCGACAAGGUUAACAAGCAGCACGGGAGGCACCUGCCAAUGAUGAAUGGAAUCAAGGAAGAUAUAAAAACACUGCUGACGUUGGAAUUAGGCAGCCCCCUCUUCCAAGAAGUGCUGGUCAACCUCUCUGUUCGCCUGAAAGCGUUGCAGGAUCACACCAAAGAGCACUUCAAGGAAGAAGAAAGUGAGCUGCUCCCACGCUUAGAAGCAGUACGACGGAUGCAGCGGGAGGAGGGGAAGGUUUCUGACAAGUCUAAUUCUGCAUGGGCUUCGGAGGCAAUAGGUACGAUGGAGGUGACACACUCAAAGCUCUUCCCCUUCUUCAUGACUGGUCUCCUUCCUCAGGAGGCUCUGCAAUACUUAGACCUAGUAUGCCGGUGCAUGAAAAACACACGGCAUCUGGUCUCCAUGCUCAGAUCCCUUGCAGAGCGUCUGGAAGACGCAAACCCUUCAAUUAUACACAAUAACCCCACCAAACUGUAUGAACAUCUACUUUUAAAAUCCCCAUAAGCUCAAACUCCCCUCCCUCUGUGCAGCUAUUCGGUGUGUGCCACUUAAAUUGUGAAUGCUAACCCUUUCUUUUCGUAUCUGGAGUGCAGCUAUGUACUUGGGUAAUUGAGCGAUUGUGAAAGCGUGUAUAGCUUAUGGUGUUAUCCCCCAACGUGUGUAACUACACGAAAAAAAGAAUUGACUGUAAUGGCAAUAGUUGUUUCUGACCUACUUUA